AUGGGCUAUCAUGGUCCUUGUGGCACGCUGAGUCUUGAUCCUUGUUGCCAUGAGGUGCCCCCCGUCGACCGGCGUGGCAUCGACAAGGCCUCCGUGCGCUUUGCCGCUGGGGAGGCAGCUGCAGCGGCGAAGGAGGCUUGUGAUGCCGGACAGGUCUUCUUGCAAGGCAUGAUGGUCAAGGCAAAUUGGCGAUCAGGAGGCGGCAGACGAGUUGGCAACAGUGAUUUGGGGGAACUUAGCAAGACCAACGAUUUCGAAGAAGGUGGAAUGAGGCAGUUUGCCGGAGACCGUGGCCAUCGCGACAGACGUGGUGUUAGAAGUCGCUCAAGGAAGCGGCGUAGCCGCUCUCGACGCCGCAGUCGCUCACGAAAUCGUCAUGACCGCCCUGGGCGGGAAGCAAGGCGUGAGAAAGAGCGAAGUCGUUCCAGAGAACGUUCCAAGCCUGGAUUCAGUUUGGCAUCGCGUUAUGUUGCUGCAGCUGGUUGCUGUCAAGAUCUUUCGGGCGCAAUUUUCGCCAUGGCCCCGGAAUCUCUGUGUGCACCAGCGGCGACGCACAGGCCCUUGAGGCCAUUGAGCGCUGCCGCUGUGGCACUUGGAGCUCUGGGGUUGUUGGGCCUGUUGGGUCAUGCCUUCUGUGGCGCGGCUCAGCCAAGUAUCCAAGAGAUGCCCGACAUGAAUGGGUGCGUGACCAUGAAUGUCAGGUCCAGAAAUUGGAAUUGUGGCCGGCCAAACAGAGCAUUGAUCAAGGCCAGGCGCAUGAAGAUGCCAUCCAUCAACAACCUGAAGGAUCAGUAUUUCAUCAUCUACGUCCGCUCUCCCAAAGUCAAACAGUGGUGCCCAAUGAAUAUUGUGUCUGGCUCGGAGGCACUGAAGACCUUGAAGGGUGCAACAGACAACCAGGUUGCCAAGACCCUUGGUGCUGACAAGUUUGCAGAGGGUCAGAUCGUCAAAGCUGUCGGCAUGAACUUGUACAAACAGAGGGAUGAGAUCACAGAGCAGGCUAAAGAGAUGCAUAAAGGCUUGAAGUAUUGCAACGAGGUGGAAUUUGGCUACAAGGAAGUCAAGAACAACACCUACUUCAAUGACAAUCCAGGUGAGUUUAUGGACAUGAAUGGCAUCACGGUCAUUCCGCCAGAGGCCGAAAGUAAGGGGCCGAACAUUUUACCUUUGAAAAGGGGGGCCUUGGCAUCCCGGCUGGGCCAGGGCAGCUGGGCCAGGGCGGCUGGGCCGACCGGCUGGGCCGAGUUGGGCCGAGCAGAGCUGAGGAACCUUCUGGAUGACGCCGGAGAGACCAUUGGAGAGGUUUCGAAAGAGGUCUCCAAGGUGGGAGACAACAUCAAAGGCUUCUUUGGUUCGCGCUGA